UAGGUACACUUAUUGUCACACGGUGUUUCAUUAUACUGCAAGUUACACACAAGAACGCAAAUAUGGUUGCACCAACGCUUAGUUUCGAAAAUGAAGUUUUUGCGAAAUUUGCUUUUUAUGCCGGAGUAGUUUUGUUAAAGACAGUUAUUAUGAGUGGAUGGACUGCGAGAUAUCGUCUGCCAAGAGGGGUAUUUAUCUCCUCUGAAGAUUAUGUGGGAAGAUCCGGACAAACAAUGAAAAUUGACGAAGAUGUUGAAAGAACAAGAAGAUGCCAUCUCAACGACAUUGAGAACGUAUUGCCCUUCGUUCUGAUAGGUCUACUCUACGUUUUGACUGGUCCGACUGUUGCAAGCGCCACCUUACACUUCCGGUUGUUUGCAGGAUUCCGUUUGUUUCACACAAUUGCCUAUAUGUUUAUCCUUCCUCAACCAUCACGUGCUAUUGCGUUUUUUGUCGGAUUUGGAGUGAACAUUUCGAUGGCUAUCACUGUGAUUAGGGCUGGCAUGUUUUGACAUUGUCAUAUAAAAAUUGUUUAUUCUAAGUAAAUAGUCCGAUCUGUAACAAUUCCGAAUACCAUGAACGUUAGUCUUUAAAACAACAUAUGGAAUAAUAACACGGUCAUCUUGUUUGAUGUUACAUCGGUAAUAAAAAAGCACUAAAUGUU